GCCGGCGUGCGGGGGCGGGGCCACGGCGAGCCGGGCCGGCGGGCGCGGGUGGCGGCGGCGCGGGGCGCCUGACCUGGCGGGGCCAUGAGCGCCGCCCGGCCCCAGUUCAGCAUCGAUGACGCCUUCGAGCUGUCCCUGGAGGACGCGGGCCCUGGGCCCGAGUCCAGCGGGGUCGCCCGCUUCGGGCCGCUGCACUUCGAACGCCGGGCGCGGUUCGAGGCGGCCGACGAGGACAAGCAGUCCCGGCUGCGCUACCAGAACCUGGAGAACGAUGAGGAAGGAGCCCAGGUGUCUCCGGAGCCAGAUGGGGGAGUCAACACCAGGUCAGGGCCAGGGAUUCUGGCCGAACAUCCUCGGUCCGCAGCUCCCAGUGGUCCUUCAGUACCAUCAGCAACAGCACCCAGCGCUCCUACAAUGCCUGCUGCAGCUGGACUCAGCACCCUUUGAUCCAGAAGAACCGCAGGGUAGUGCUGGCCUCCUUCCUGCUGCUGCUGCUGGGGUUGGGUGCAGGGCAGGUUUAUCUUGCUCACCUUUCAGAGGUCACACGGCAAGGAAGAGUCUCUCCUUACAGACAUGUCCCAGGGCCUGCCAGGGCCCUUGCUCUGAAAACAGUUUGGCGAGCUGCCCAGGAACCUUCAGCUCAGUGCUGAUCCUGGUCGGCGUGGGACUGGAGGUGGCCCCCUCGCCAGGUGUCUCCAGCGCCAUCUUCUUCGUCCCUGGCUUCCUGUUGCUGGUCCCGGGAGUCUACCACGUGAUCUUCAUCUACUGCGCGGUCAAGGGCCACCGGGGUUUCCAGUUCUUCUACCUGCCCUACUUUGAGAAGUGAGCCGCCAGUGGACAGCAGGAAGCAGGAAUCCGCGGCGGCCCCUGCGGCCUCCUCUCGUCCCCAGGGGGCGCUCCUCGGCCAUUGUCCAGUCCGGAGUUUGCUCAGGAAGUUUGGGGCCUGCCGACCCUGGGCCCAUUGCCUGGGCCUGGGAAAGUCGCCCUUUGCCAGCUCUGUGCCUUAACUUACUCUCGGGCCCUGAGACUACUGAGUGGUGGUGUUUUACGCUAAUAAAGGGGGUACUUAUAUCCA